AUGAUUAAGUACAAGCUCACUAUUGGGUAUGGAAACAGGGGCCAUAACCAGCCAUGUAAAUAUGACCACCAGAGGGCGACACGGUGUUUCAUCACCACACAGAACCAUGGAUUUGCUGUAGAUGAGGCCACCCUAGCUCCUGGCUGGUCUUCCCUCUUCACCAAUGCCAAUGAUAAAACAAAUGAAGGAAUUGUACACAAUACCAAGCCAUUCUUCAGUACGCAGUUUCACCCAGAACACAUGGGAGGGCCACGGGAUCUUGAUAUCCUGUUCACAGUUUUCCUUGAUCAAGUACGCAACCACACACAAAAAGUCGCUGGUCCAUCUAUGGCUGAACGCUUGUACAUGACCCUGCAGACUCCGGUCACUGUGCCCCCACCCCUAACCAUGCGCCCAAAGAAGGUACUGAUUCUGGGGUCGGGAGGGCUGUCCAUCGGACAAGCUGGAGAAUUUGACUACUCUGGAUCACAGGCAUUAAAGGCACUGCGGGAAGAGAGAAUCCAAACUGUCCUGAUCAACCCAAAUAUUGCCACAGUACAGACAUCUAAAGGAAUGGCUGACAAAACAUACUUCCUUCCCAUAACUCCCCACUACGUAACACAGGUAAUCAGGAAUGAGCGACCAGAUGGCAUACUUCUGACAUUUGGAGGUCAAACAGGGCUGAACUGUGGCGUCCAGCUGACAAAACUGGGCACACUGGAAAAGUUCGCAGUCAAGGUGCUGGGAACACAGGUUGAGUCGAUCCUGUGGACUGAAGAUAGGAAAGUGUUCGCAGACAAGAUGGCUGAGAUUAACGAACAUGUAGCACCCAGUGAGGCGGCCUACAACACAGAACAGGUGGUUCAAGCAGCUGAGCGUCUUGGAUAUCCAGUGCUCAUCCGAGCAGCCUUUGCCCUUGGUGGACUUGGUUCAGGUUUUGCGGAGAAUAGAGAAGAACUCCUGACACUGGCAAACUCGGCCUUCGCUCACACAAGUCAAGUUCUUAUAGACAAGUCACUGAAAGGCUGGAAGGAAGUCGAGUAUGAAGUUGUCAGGGAUGCUUACGACAACUGUAUCACGGUGUGUAACAUGGAGAAUGUUGAUCCUCUCGGCAUCCAUACAGGAGAGUCUGUUGUGGUGGCUCCUAGUCAGACUCUGACCAACGUGGAGUACAACAUGCUUCGGUCUACUGCGAUUAAGGUCAUUCGUCACCUCCAGGUCGUAGGGGAGUGUAACAUACAGUAUGCACUUAACCCGGAAUCUCAACAGUACUAUAUCAUAGAGGUGAAUGCCCGACUGUCCCGGAGCUCUGCCUUGGCCAGUAAAGCCACAGGCUAUCCACUAGCCUAUAUUGCCGCCAAGCUUGCCUUGGGAAUGUCCCUCCUUGAUCUCCCUAACACAGUGACAAGUUCAAAGGACUAUCCCACAACAGCCUGCUUUGAGCCAAGUCUGGAUUAUUGUGUGGUGAAAAUUCCUCGUUGGGAUCUCAAAAAAUUCUCUCGGGUGUCCACAAAGAUCGGAAGCUCUAUGAAGAGUGUAGGAGAGGUAAUGGCCAUUGGACGGAAGUUUGAGGAGGCUGUACAGAAAGCUCUGAGGAUGAUGGAUGAGACGAAGGAAGGAUUUGACCCCUACAUAAACACUGUAUCAGAGAGUGUCGACUACCUCAAGGAGCUACAGAAUCCUACUGACCAGCGUAUUUUUGUGCUGGCCGCUGCUCUGAAGCAGAACUACACUAUAGAUAACCUGUAUGAGCUGACCAAGAUUGACAAAUGGUUCCUCAACAAGUUCAAAAACAUUACCGACUACUACACCAGCCUAGAGGCCUACAGAGGAAGGGCCAAUGAUAUUCCCAGAUCUGCAUUGAUGGAAGCCAAACAACUGGGCUUUUGUGAUGAACAAAUAGCUACUGCAGUUGAGAGCACAAGCUUGAUGAUACGGAAACUACGUACAGAGAUGAAGAUCAUGCCUUUUGUGAAGCAGAUUGAUACGGUCGCGGCUGAAUGGCCCGCCCAGACUAACUACUUGUAUCUUACCUACAACGCUGCGGCUCAUGACCUCAAGUUCCCCGGGGGCUACAUCAUGGUGAUUGGCUCGGGGGUCUACCGUAUCGGUAGCAGUGUCGAGUUUGAUUGGUGUGCAGUCAACUGUAUCCAGGAACUAAGGGAGAUGGGCCACAAAACUAUCAUGGUCAACUACAACCCAGAGACUGUCAGUACCGACUACGAUAUGUGUGACCGUCUCUACUUCGACGAGAUCUCUUUCGAGACUGUGAUGGACAUCUACGCCAUGGAGGAUCCGGAGGGCAUUAUCCUAUCAAUGGGGGGACAACUCCCAAACAACAUGGCCAUGGCACUUCACAGACAACAAGCUCGGAUACUGGGUACUUCUCCGGAAAGUAUAGACAAUGCAGAGAAUCGAUUCAAGUUCUCCAGAAUGCUUGACAACAUGGGGAUUAGUCAGCCCCAGUGGAAGGAACUCACCAACAUGGAGACUGCAAAGAAAUUCUGUGAAGAGGUUGGUUACCCAUGUCUGGUGCGGCCGUCAUACGUACUCAGUGGAGCGGCUAUGAAUGUGGCACACUCCCACCACGAUCUGGAGACUUUCCUCACUCAGGCCAGUGCACUGUCCAAGGACAACCCUGUGGUCAUCUCAAAGUUCAUCCUUGAAGCCAAGGAAAUUGAUGUUGACGCUGUGGCCAGUGACGGUGAAGUGAUCUGUAUGGCUGUUUCGGAGCAUGUAGAAAAUGCAGGAGUUCAUUCAGGGGACGCAACUCUAGUUACUCCUCCCCAAGAUCUCAAUGAGGAAACGCUGGCCAAAAUCAGACUGAUCUGCUGUGCUAUUGGUCGAGCCUUAGAAGUCACUGGACCAUUCAAUCUUCAGCUCAUAGCCAAGGACAAUCAACUGAAGGUCAUUGAGUGCAAUGUACGGGUGUCAAGGUCAUUUCCAUUUAUAUCUAAAGCCUUGGAUCAUGACUUCAUCGCCACGGCAACAAGAGUGAUUAAGGGUGAGAAGCUGGAACCCAUCAAUGUUCUGUAUGGAGUCGGCAAAGUAGCAGUCAAGGUCCCAAUGUUCUCCUUCUCAAGGCUACACGGCGCCGAUGUUCUACUCGGGGUUGAAAUGGCGAGUACCGGAGAGGUGGCAUGUUUUGGUGAGAACCGCUAUGAAGCUUAUCUGAAAGCUCAAAUAUCCACUGGGUUCAAAAUUCCACGCAAAAACAUUCUUCUUUCCAUAGGAAGCUUCAAGUCUAAGACCGAGCUGCUACCUACAGUGAAGACUCUACUGAAGAUGGGUUACAAUUUGUAUGCCAGUAUGGGCACGGCCGACUUCUACAACACACACGGGCUACAGAUAAAACCUGUUGAUUGGCCGUACGAAGACACAGGGGAGGUAAAGAAUGGCGGGGAACAGCGUACCAUUGCCGACUACCUAGCUGACAAUAUGUUUGACCUGGUCAUUAACUUGCCAUUAAGAAAUGCAGGUUCUUACAGAGCUUCGUCGUUUGUGACCCAGGGCUACAAAACUCGGCGAAUGGCUGUGGACUACUCUGUACCACUCAUCACAGACGUCAAGUGUACCAAGCUUAUCGUCGAGGCUUUGAGAAGGAUACAGGGGUCACCUCCAGUCAAAACACACAUAGAUUGUAUCGCUUCACACCGGUCAAUCAGACUUCCAGGGUUUAUUGACGUCCAUGUCCAUGUGAGAGAGCCUGGAGCCACACACAAGGAGGAUUGGUCGUCUGCUACAGCUGCUGCUCUGGCUGGAGGAGUGACCAUGAUACUGGCCAUGCCUAAUACCAACCCUCCCACUGUAGACGAGGCAGCGUUUGGCCUCACACAGAAGUGUGCGAAGGCUGGGGCUCGGUGUGACUAUGGUGUGUUUGUCGGGGCUAGCAGCAAUAACUACCAGACCCUACCCCAGAUUGGCUCACGCGCUGCCGCUCUCAAGAUGUACCUGAAUGAAACCUUCACAACACUCCAGCUUGACGACCUCUCCAUCUGGAUGAAGCACUUCGAGCACUGGCCCUAAGAACCUGACGCUGUGUACUCACGCAGAGAGGAUUCACACGGCUGCUGUCAUCCUUCUAUCAGAGCUAUACAAACGUCCAGUACAUAUCUGUCAUGUCGCCCGAAAGGAGGAGAUUCUUGUGAUACGUGCUG